AUGUCUUCUCUCAAGUCGAGGACGCCGUCCAACGCUGGCUAUGCGGUGGGGUUCGAGAAUGCUGUCGAGCAGCGUGAACCUGUCACUCUCCGAGUGAAGGGCGAGAUUCCUCCCUGGUUAACCGGUCGGCUCUACCGAACGGGGCCGGGCACAUUCAGGGUGCCCUCGAAAAAGGCCCCUGGCGAAAUGGUGAAUCUUGCGCACUGGUUCGAUGGACUCGGCAUGGCGCAUCGCUUCGACAUCACGCCGUCCGGCUCCGUCCUGUAUCGCAGCCACCAUACCUCACUCGGUUUGCAAUCCCGCCUGGAGAAGGCGGGGGCCAUGGUGGGCGUCUCUUUUGGCGACCAGGACCCCUGCGAGACGAUCUUCUCGAAGUUCUUCACGAUGUUUCGCCCGGGCGCAACCCAGGUGCCGUCCCCCAGGAAGGGUGCUCCGGACGAUGUGAACGUCUCCGUGACGUUGACUCCAGACAUGCCCGGGUUUGCCUCGCAUGCGUCGACCUUAUCCACCACCUCUCCCAAGAACGUCCCGCGGUAUCUGGUCGCCAAGACGGAUGCAGACACACUCCAGGUCCUCGACUCGGAGACACUGCGACCUCUGCACGCAACUACGUACAAGGAGCUGGACCCUCGCCUCGAUGGUCAAUUAAGCGCCGCACAUUCCUGCCGGGACAAGGAAACCGGCGAAUUCUUCAAUUACUCUCUAAAGUUAGGCCCGAGGCCUACUUACAAGGUUUUCCGCCUUCGCCCCACACGGAACGGUGAAGGUCAUGAGUGCGACAUACUCGCCGAGAUCACUGAUGCGCCACCUGCAUAUUUGCACUCGUUUGCUAUGACCCAGAAUUAUGUCGUACUGUGUGUCUGGCAGGCUGACUUCACAUUUUUCGGGGCCUCGAUCCCAUUCAAUCGCAGCAUCGCCGGGUCUAUAAAUAAGAAGUGGAAUUCAAAACGAGACGCGCUAUUCUACGUUAUCGACCGCAAGGCCGGUGGCGUCGUGGCAAAAUUCAAGACGCCACCUUUCUUCGCGUUCCAUGCUAUCAACGCCUAUGACCGCGGCACAGGCAUCGUCCUCGAUCUCGCCAUAUACGACGACCACCGCGUAAUCGACCUAUUCUACCUGGAUACCCUGCGUAACCUAAGCGCGGAGAAUCCCGUGCUCCUCAGUCGUGCACGCCGCUUCAUCCUCGAAGACGUUCUGAGCUCGAAGGGAGCGCAGGCGAAAGUCGCGAGGGACGCGAAGGUCGAGUAUACCGUCUCCCACACCUCGAGCAUCGACUUGCCCACCGUCCACCCCGCUCUGUAUCACAAGCCCUACCGUUUCGCGUACGGCAUCAAUAAAUCCGACCCGGCACUUCCCACCUUCGCCGACCGCAUCGUGAAGCUCGACAUGGACUCCCCCGGCGCGGAGCCCAAAGCAUGGGCCGUCCCGGGGUACACGCCCGGCGAGCCGGUGUUCGUGCCAAAGCCCGGGUCCUCUCCCAUCGACCAGGAGGACGACGGCGUGGUUCUUAGCGUCGUACUAGACGGCGAUUCCGGGAAGAGCAUGCUCGUCGUGCUUGAUGCGCGUGAGAUGACGGAGCUGGCUCGGGCGGAGAUGGAUACCCACUUUCCUAUUUCUUUCCACGGCGUCUGGGCUCAGCAGGCUAAAUGGCUAAAUGUCCGUAAUAGCCUUCCUCUCGAUUCAGGUGGUUGGACCAAUGUUUGGAUCUGCUUCACCGAAGCCCCCGAUACUGGUACCAUCAAGUACUGCAGCUCAUUCUGA